GAGGCAACUAGGUCAUAUGCGAAAAAAUAAACAGUGGAGGGAAACUCUUGCGAAUUUGAUCAUGUUGAUCAUUAUGUCUUAGCAAUCCAGUAGAAUUCUUCUAGUUUUUGACUUUAUUCCGCCAUGAGUAUGCUAAACCAAGCAGCAGUAGAAGCCCUUUGUUCGGCAACGUAUUUGGAGAACUAUCUCGAUACUAUGGAAAAUUUGCCUGACGAUCUGCAGCGAGUUGUUACACAAAUGCGCGAGUUGGAUAUCCAGUGUAGAGAUAUAAUGCAAGACAUAGAGUAUCACCAAGAAAUUUAUACCAAGGAAGUGGAGGGACUAACCAAGAAAAAGGCUCUUAUGUCCAUACAAAGGGCUCUGAUACGGUGUCAAGAAAUUGGUGAUGAAAAGCUUGGCUUAAUGACCGUCAUAGCAGAGCAUAUUGAAAAUAGGCAGCGACAGCUAGAACAGGAUAGAGAAAACCUAGAUCCCACAUCUUCACGAGAAGUAGAGAAAGAGGAACAGCCACUUACAAUUGUCACUCAAACAAAAGCAGUAAAACAAGAGGACAAGAUAGAGAAGAUGCCAAUGAAACGUCAGAGAAGGCAGAAAACAGCCAAUGACUCUAUAAGUAAAGAGGAAGAGAAGAAGGAUAUUCAAGACAAAGGUCCAAAGAAGAAAAAGAAAAGAAAAGCCACAAAGAAGGAGCAGGCCCCAGCCAGUCCUAUAGAACCCCCCAUUGAUCCUGAUGAACCUACCUACUGCCUAUGUGAACAAGUCUCCUAUGGAGAAAUGAUUGGGUGUGACAAUGAUGCUUGUGUUAUUGAAUGGUUUCAUUUUAAUUGUGUUGCCCUUGUGAACAAGCCAAAAGGAAAGUGGUAUUGCCCAAAUUGUCGAGGAGAAAAUAGUAAAAUCAUGAGAAAAUUUGACAAAUGAUUAAUCAGUAGUUUUGAAUUUAAUUUGAUAAGAAUACAUCUGUUAAUGAAAUAGCAGAUUUCUGAUUUUUAAGUGACAAUGAGAGAAAUGUUUUAUUAUAUAUAAAUCUGUUGUAAUUUUAACUUUAGGAGAAAAAUCAUUUAUAAUAUCAAUGAAUGUUCUGUUAUAUAAAUGUAACUUUGUGCAUUAGUAUGUCAUUACUGUGGAUAAUUGUGAGAAAAAAUUGUUAAACAAUAAUUGUAUUAAAACAAUGAAAAGUAGAAAUUAAUGGGGGUGGGGAGGAAUGUGAAUUAUUGAUAAAUUGCAAAAUUGCAAAAUAAAUAGGAACUUGGUACAUUAUGAAUACAGAGUGUAUAGUGCUAAAUUUAAGGUGUUCUGUAUACUUCAAGUUGAGCUUGUAAAACUAAAUUAGGCCACAGUAAAUUAUUUCUUUGUUUUCUGUUCCCAAGCAGGUAAGUUUUUCCUAAAAAAUUCCUUUGAAAGAAAUAAACAGAAGUUUGUCAAAUUUUCAGUUAUUUUUCUUCGUAUUUUUCAAAUUUCUUUUAAGACUACCUUUGAAAGAAAUAA